AUGUCUUCCCACGAUACUCGGUCGCUUCGCCAGUCGAAGCGGAUGUCCGUUACCGCGCUCUACCUGUCGAUGUCCGCGAAGGACAGGGACCUUGAAAUAUCAGAUGACCUGGCGAGAGCUCAAAAAUUCUUACGAGAACUGAAGUCAAAGAUCUCUUCCCAGUCGAAAAAGAACUUCGUCCUAGAAAAGGAUGUACGUUAUUUAGAUUCACGAAUAGCAUUGCUUAUUCAGAACCGCAUGGCUUUGGAAGAGCAAAACGAGGUUGCAAACCGCCUGGACGACACUGUUGACCCCCAGGAAGGUUUCUUCCCCAACGAUGAUAAAACACAAAAAUAUGGAAACCUUCUCUUCCUUCUUCAAACGGAACCCCGCCACAUUGCGCAUCUGUGUCGACUUGUCUCGAUGGCGGAAAUCGAUUCUUUGCUCCAAACCGUCAUGUUCACUAUCUAUGGAAACCAGUACGAGAGUCGCGAAGAGCACCUGCUGCUCACCAUGUUUCAGUCUGUGCUCACCUAUCAAUUCGAUAAUACCCCGGAAUAUUCCUCGCUCCUGCGACAAAAUACCCCUGUUUCGCGUAUGAUGACCACCUACACUCGACGUGGGCCCGGUCAGAGUUAUCUGAGACAGGUCUUGGCCGAACAGAUCAACGGGUUGAUCGAGUUACGUGACGUCGACUUGGAAAUCAACCCCUUGAAAGUCUAUGAGGCCAUGGUGAAAGAAAUCGAAGAAGAGACUGGUUCGCUGCCGGACAACCUCCCUCGCGGCGUCACAGCGGAAACCGCUGCAGAGAACCCCCAAGUGCAGGCCAUCAUUGCGCCGCGUCUCAAGAAGCUCACAGAUAUUGCAAACUCUUUCCUCACGACGAUCAUCACCUCUGUGAACCAAGCGCCUUACGGUAUCCGCUGGAUUUGCAAACAAAUCCGAAGUCUGUCACGGCGGAAGUACCCAGACGCUCAUGAUCAGACCAUCUGUACCCUGAUCGGAGGCUUUUUCUUCUUGCGUUUCAUCAACCCGGCCAUUGUCACUCCACGCUCGUAUAUGUUGAUUGACGCUACUCCUACCGACAGACCUCGACGCACUCUAACUUUGAUCGCCAAGAUGCUUCAGAACUUGGCCAACAAGCCUUCCUAUGCGAAGGAACCGUAUAUGGCCAAGCUGCAGCCUUUCAUUCAACAGAACAAGGAGCGUGUCAACAAAUUCAUGCUUGAUCUGUGUGAAGUGCAAGACUUUUACGAGAGUUUAGAGAUGGACAAUUAUGUUGCACUCUCUAAGCGAGACCUCGAAUUACAGAUCACUCUCAACGAGGUGUAUGCUACCCACACUUUGCUGGAGAAGCACAACAUGGCCUUGGCUCAGGAUCAACAUUCCCACCUCCAGGAAAUCCUCCAGGAGUUGGGCCCUGCUCCUCCACAGCUCCCACGCAAAGAAAAUCGAACCAUCACCGUUCCUCUGUUUAGCCGAUGGGAAACCGCGCUAGAUGACUUGACGUCGGCCCUGGACAUUACUCAGGAAGAAGUUUUCUUCAUGGAAGCUAAAUCAACGUUUGUUCAAAUUUUGCGUUCCCUUCCUUCCCACUCUUCGGUGGCACGUCGCCCUCUUCGCUUGGAUCGUAUCGCCGAAGCUGCAGCGACUUUAAAGAAUGACGCUGUCAUGGUCCGCAAGGGUAUUCGCACCAUGGAGCUUCUGAGCCAAUUGCAGGAGAUGGGUGUCAUUGAUCGCUCCGACGAAUUCAGUCUCCUUCGGGACGAAGUUGAACAGGAACUCGUCCACUUGGGAUCUUUGAAGGAGAAGGUCAUGGAAGAGACGAAACAAUUGGAGUCUGUCUAUUCAGCCAUCCGCGACCAUAACGCGUAUCUUGUUGGUCAGCUGGAAACAUACAAGUCGUAUCUCCAAAAUGUCCGCAGCCAAUCCGAAGGAAAGUCAAGGAAACAGCAGAAACACCAAGAGCUGGGUCCCUACAAGUUCACCCACCAGCAACUCGAGAAGGAAGGUGUGAUUCGCAAGAGCAAUGUGCCUGAGAAUAGACGGGCAAACAUCUAUUUCAUGUUCAAGAGUCCCUUACCUGGGACUUUCGUUAUCAGUCUGCAUUACAAAGGUCGUGCUCGUGGGCUGCUCGAGUUGGAUCUCAAACUCGAUGAUUUGCUCGAGAUGCAGAAGGACAGCUUGGAAGACCUUGACCUGGAAUAUGUUCAAUUCAAUGUCUCCAAGGUGCUUACGCUCCUGAACAAACGCUUCUCGCGUAAGAAGGGCUGGUAA